AUGUCAUAUACGCCAUCAUAUGUCCUGGAUGCAAAGAAUAUUAUAUUGGUGAAACUGGCAACAGUCUCCGUGCCCGUGUACGUGUACAUAAGCAACACAUCAGUACACCUGAAUAUAGACAAAUCCAUUUUGAUCCCCAUUGAUUCGGAGUCUUUGACAUGUGCCCCUGGGUUUUCCGCCUCAGAGGUUUUGAAAUGGUCCCUGGGAUUCGUGAAUGUGAGUGGAUGGUGUUUCUCCUUCCAUAAGGAACCCACGUCCAUGUUAAAUUCCAGUGAUAUCUGUCAUCAGCAAGGAGCUCACAUGGUCGUACUAGACUCGGAAGUGAAAGAGAAAGUACUCACAAAAUAUAUUGAAAAGAUGAAUUUUUUCAACAUAUAUCAAGAAAGAAAUGAGCUUUUUAAGAUUGCUCAGAGGGAAUGGGAUGUUGAGACUGAAAAGAAGAACUUUUGUGCAGAUUACAUUAAACACGGUGUAAAAAGUUCUAAAUAUAGACACAUUCCUAAUGCAAAGAUUCCUCUAGGUUCCCUUCCACAUCAGCGAGCUAACCUUACUACGCCACCUGGAUUCUCCAUAAAAAUUUCGUCACUUCCGGGGGCGGGAAUGGGCGCAUGGGCGGAGACCUUCGUACCUAAGUUCACGAUCCUCUGGGUUUAUGAAGGACUUAUUCACACUGUAGACCGGAAAGAUGACUAUCACCCAUGGCAGCUUUUAGAUUUCAAAGAUGAACUCAUUGUGACAAGACCAUUUUUUGAGUACCAAAAAUGA